AUGGUAGCAUGGGGAGGUGAGUCUAUCAAAUUGCCUCCGGAUAUAAUCAUGGAUAAUCAUGGAUUUUUGAAGCGAACACAGUCCACUAGAGUAGUUGUUCAUUUCAACUAUCUACCCAUUGCUGACCUUUAUUCAAUUUCCCCGUCUGUGGCUGUACUGCAAGCGCAUUCUCGAAAUCUUGAGGUACCGGAAGCGCGCUACAUGCCCUCAUUGGCCGAUCAGACGUCAGCUGCUGUGAAAAUCCAGGCCUGGUUCAGAGGGUACCGCGAAAGGAAAGGGCUUCAGAAACAUCUUGAAGAAAGACGUAGCUUCAUGGAAGCUUACCGAGGAAACAUCGCAGCCGAGGAGCCUAGCGACAUUGUGGACAAUGCAGCUCUUAGCUCUCGUCCCGUCCAUGAGAAGAUUCAUGCUGCGGUUGACAUGUUGUUUGAUCCAAAAAUGUAUGUAUCAAAAGUAGGAGCAUUCAUUUUGAAUAGGCUGACGGCCCUUUCUCCACAUUUGUGUGCGUAUUUGGUAAUAGACGCACAAGGACUGGCUGCCAUACUGGACAUUUUUGAGCAGAAAACUACUGGUCGCGGUCCAGCCACCGCGGAAAUUCUUGUUAUCUUGCAGGAAGUCUUUCUCAGAAUAGUAACGGUGAGUUAG